ACUAGCCUAUGCUGUGAAGAAUACAUCUUAUGCCAGUACAGUUGAGUUCCCUUGCUAUCAUACUGGUUUUAUAUUCCAGACUAACUCGUCUUACCUGUUUGACAAUCACUACUGUACACGUCAGUUAGGUUCUGGUGAUGGUAAUUUCACAAAUCACACCAUCAAGGGGUCCAGUAAUGCCGAAAUGUGUUGGGCAUUAAUUAGAAGUGCCAUGGAUUUCUUUGUUAACAUAUCCAGUGGAGAACCCAUUGAAUAUACUCCACCUAAUCCUCAUGGAGUGUUUUAUGGUUUUUCUAAUUUUUAUUACACAUCCAGCGCUUUUAAUGUGUCAAAAUUGAUUCCAGAACAAUUGGAUAGUUUUAAUCAAAGUGUCAGUAAACGUUGUAGCAUGGACUGGAAUGAAGUGGAGUCUACUGAUGAUAGUUACUACAAGGCGUUCCGCUGUAUUGAUGGGAUGUUCCUGUUGCAUGCACUGGGAGGAAUGGGGUUCACUAAUAACUCAAAGAACCAAUGGACUAUAUCCUUCCAGUAUCAGGUUAAUGAUAUAUUCAUUGGAUGGUCCCUGGGCUACAUGCUGGAUAAAAGCUCUAGUUUUAUUUCUUCUUAUUAUUUUACUCGUUACCCGUACACUACUGUUGACCUCAUUGUUGGGAUGAUUGUUCUUCUCAUUCUUAGUCUUAUUUUUGCUAUUUUCUUUGCCUUUACUUGUUCUGCCUGUUCUAAGAGUCUCCGCCCAACCAAAAGUGGAUACACUAACAUCACAUAACGGACUCCUAAACUGAGUGACUAAUAAAAAAUAAUAUUUUAUGCAAUGUUGUGUUGUGUUAAAAGAAUAUUUUAAAAUUAAA